AUGGAGGACAUUUAUGUCAACGUUGACCAUGUCAAACCUAAUAACCCAAUACCUUCAACAAAAUGCCGAGAUCCAAGGAGCUGUAAGAGGAGUUUCCAUUCAGGUGUUCUUCUCUCUCUGACUCUGCUGAGCGUUUCCCUGGUUGUUGCACUCAUCAUUCUUGGGGUCUACUAUCUGGACACAUUACGAGAUUCAGCUGCAAAUCUCUCUGAGAUGAGUAACAAACUUGCCUCCAUGACUGAGGACAGAGACCUGCUACAUGCCAACCUCACUGAAAAUGCCAGAGAGCUGGAGAGGCUUCAGAAUUUGACCAGACCGAAUCAGGACACAUUACGAGAUUCAGCUGCAAAUCUCUCUGAGAUGAGUAACAAACUUGCCUCCAUGACUGAGGACAGAGACCUGCUACAUGCCAACCUCACUGAAAAUGCCAGAGAGCUGGAGAGGCUUCAGAAUUUGACCAGACUAAAUCAUAACACAUUACGAGAUUCAGCUGCAAAUCUCUCUGAGAUGAGUAACAAACUUGCCUCCAUGACUGAGGAGAGAGACCUGCUGCAAGCCGAUCUCACUGAAAAGACCAAAGAGUUCGAGAGGCUGCAGAGUUGGUUCAACCAGAAAAAAACAUGUCCUGUAGGAUGGAGUAAUUUCAGCCAUAGCUGCUAUCUCCUCUCUAAAAGCUCUGCUUCCUGGGAUGCAGCCAGAAAGGACUGCAGAAACAGAGGAGCAGAUCUGGUGGUUAUUGACUGUGGUAAAGAACAGACCUUCCUCUCUGCGAUCACCAAUGAACACACUUGGAUUGGUUUAAAUGACAAAGAACAGGAGGGAACAUGGAAAUGGGUAGAUGGGACUCCAGUGAUUUUCACGUACUGGUCAGAACAUCAACCUGAUGAUGGUGGUGGAAAAGAAGACUGUGCUCAUUUCAGAAAUGAUGAGAAAAAGUCCUGGAAUGAUAUUCCAUGUUCAACUUCUCUUAAGUGGAUCUGUGAAAAAGCACCAAACAACUUUAUGGUUUUUUAA